CCUUUGUCCAAUCAUGCGGCAGCUUCAAUACGCGUGCGGUAGAAUGAUAACGAUUUCCGUUGGUGAGAGCUGGGAAACUGACAGAAUAUUCAGCUAUGAUGUUGUAAUGUAAAGUUGUCGAGAUUUCUCUUUUUGUUUCAAAAAUGGCAGAAUCUUUUCCGAUCGAAGGGGCCCGAAGCGGACAGAUGCACUCUCUUCUUGGCGAGUUUAAGGGAUUAUACGAGGGACGUCUCAAACGGUUAGAUGAAGCCGAGGUAUCGGGUGAAGAUACAUUAAAGACUCGUGUCCGCAUUCUACAGGCCUAUGUGAAUGACCUUAGCGAACAGAAUGAUGUUCUUGUUUCCACUUUGGAAGAGCUUGAGAAAGAGGCGAAAGAGCGAGUCACUUUAUUGGAAAAAGAACUGAAAAAAUCUACAACAUCCAGCAAGGAUCACAUCACUAAAACUAGGGAACUGGAGAGAGAGCUCCGUGCUCUUACCAUUGAGAAAACCCGAGCAGAAAACUUAUUGGAGGAUUUACAACAGAGAAUCCAUCGCCAAGAAGAGAGUAAUGCAAGAAUUCGGGAUGAACAUUCCAAUCUAAACCAUGAUGUGGACCAGCUACUGUCGGCCAUCAGAUCUGCCAGAAACACUGGGAAAUGGGAGAUUGACAAUGUUCGAUUUCGUGAACUUUCGAAGGAACAAGUUUUCGGUAUCAUGAAGGAACCUCUAAUGCGAUUAGGUGGAGAUGAAGCAUUAGACGAACAACUCAGGAAUUUUAAGGAACAGAUACGCAGAAAAGAUGAACAACUUGAACAGCAAAGUAGAGAGCUGUCUUCAAUCCGUUCAAAGAGAAGACCAGAGGAUCAGGAUUCUUCCACAUCUAGUCAGUCAGAUAAAGAUUAUGCAGUAAUGCAGCUAAAAACCGACCUUCGGCGUGCCGAGCAGAGGGUGGAGGACCUUCAGUUAGAGGUUUCAAAUAGGGAAAGAAAAAUUAACUCCCUUCAAUCCCAAUAUCAUGAUCUACACAAAGAGAUCUCCCGACGGGACUCAGAGCUCACCACCCAACAGCAAACAAUCAAAAUGUUGCAGGAUAAACAGCGCUACCUGUCAGGGGAGAGUGGAAAGGCAGAAGACACCAUUCGUCAGUUGAAAAAUGAACUUUCCAUGUCUAAAGAAAAGUACUCGCAAGUUUCACAUGAUGUGGGACUGGAAGAAAGAGUCAAUCACUAUGAAAGAAGAAUCCGAACUUUAGAAAAUGAAAUCCACGAGUCCAAAGAUCAGCGGAGGAAAGCCCUGGAGGAGAUGGGCAUUCUGCAGGAGAGAAUUCGGGAGAGCCAACUAUCCACCAAAGAUCACCAUGAAGUUCUCAAGUCGGAGUUGGCACGGAGGGAUGAUACAAUCCAGAAACUACGGCGAGAUGUUCUCCAGCUCCAGGAGAAGCGCGAUGCUGCUGUCAGUGAGCUGGACCAACAAACUUGUAAUGUCAAUCAAGUGAAGGACCAGAAAAAACAUCUGGAGGAUGAGAUUCAUAGACUGGAGGCCAAGAACAAGGCAUUUGAGGAGGAGCUGACAUCUUGUAAGAAGGCAUACGAUGAAUCCCGAGUGGAUGCAAAUACAACAGUAGCCACGAUGUCACGAAUGGAAGGAGAAAUGCAAUCUUUGCGUUCUCAACAUGCUGACUCUUUGGCACAGAUUCAGAAACUCACCAACAGCCUUCAGAAACUUCAGAUCUCAUCGAAGGACACUCGGGACUGUCUCACAUCAGAGAUGUUUGACUACAGUAGACCUGGUGUGGCAGAGAGGCAUGACAACAUCAUAAAACUGAGGAAUGAAAAUCGUGAGAUCGAGGAGAAACUGAGGGAAGCAUUAGCAUCAGCCUCUCAUAGGGGAGAAGUCAUUAAGCAGCUGAGGGAUGAGAUCAAACAGUAUCAGGGAAGGGUACAAGAGUGUCAAAGAAAGAUGGACUCUUUGGAUCAAGAUUUACAGCAGUCCAACAGCAGGUACACUGCCCAGGCACGUGAAGUGGACCGUCUUCAGACGGUGAUCCAAGAGCGUGACCUGUCUUCCAGCCAACAGGAAACCAUUCUGAAAUCUGACAUCGCUGAGAGAGAGGAAGAUAUGCAUAGGUUCAAGGCUGAAAUCUCAGUGUUACAUGAAAAACUGGCUCAGAAUGGAAAUCAGCUGAUAAAUCGGGAUGAUCAGAUUGCCAGAUUGAACAAGGACAUAGCUGAUCUCCAGGAGCAGUUGUCUCGUAAAGACUCCUCACUGAAAAAUCUGGAUAAUGAAAUUAGGAAUGUUCAGGAUGAAAGGCGGGGUGUGGAAGACACUCUUUCACGUCGGGAGAUCAGUCUACAGCAGUAUGAAGCAGAUCUAGCCCAGGUCAAGCAGCAGUACAGAGAGGCUGUGGAGGAAAAUGGCCGCCUGGAAGCUCGAAUUCAGGCUUUUGCCAUCAAUGCUCAGAGUGAACAAGAUGUUCUCAGUUCAGAGGUGAAAAGAAGAGAGGAUGUGAUCAAGAGAUUGAAAAUGGAGCAUGUUAACAUGCAGGAAGCCAACAGUCGCUUUGAGGAAAAGAUAAAUCAGAUGGAGAGAGAAGUUGAUCAACUGAAGAUGCAUCUUAGAACCAGUCAAUCUGAGCUGGACACCAAGCGUGGAAUUAUUACCAACCUUGAGCAUAAUCUUGAGGAAUCAAAAAAGCGAGGAGCACAUCAGCUGGAUGAGAUAAAUCGAUUAGAAGACCAAGUUAGGGAGUUAAAUAUAGAACUGACCUCUGUCCAAUCUCAGGUGGAGAAACUUCAGCAUUCGACUCACACAAAAGAUGAAUUGAUACACAACCUGAAGAAGGAUGUUGAGGGUUUGCAGAAACAACAGAAAGACACCGUCAGUAAGGUGGUGGUUAGAGAUGACACCAUCCAAAAAUUGAAUAAUGAGAUUGGAAAGUUGAAGGGCAAGCACCAGGAAAAACUGGGAGAAGUACAAAAGCAAGGGGAGACUAUCAGGAAGUUACAGGAAGCACUCACAAAGAGCCAUGUAGAUCUGGACAGCGUCCGCAAACAUUCUGAUGAAGAGGUGAGAAGAAGAGAUGAGUCCAUUAAACAGCUUCAGGAGGACCUGAUGGAAUCUCAAGCCCAGUACAGUGCCUGCUACAACGAGCUGCUGAAGGCUGAGGAUGACAUCCAGUGUCUGAAGAACGAUAAUUCUCACAUGAACCAGGCCACCCAGGCAAACUCUCAAGAAAUUGGCCAGCUCCAGGAUCAGCUUCAUCAGAUCGAACUGGAACUCACCAUUUCUCAGGAAAAACACAGAACCUGCCAAAAAGAGGUGGCCAACAGAGACCAGGUGAUUCUAAAGCUGCAAACCGACCUCGAUACAUCACAGGAGAAAUAUACAGGGUGUUUGGAAGAGCUCAAUAUCAGAGAGGAUGAAGUCAUAAGGUUGAAUAACAAGGUCAAACAGCUACAGCAAGAAAUCCGUGACCUUAAUACACAGAUUGAAGGGGACUCCCAUAAGAUUGCCGGUGAUGAGAAGACGAUUCAAAAACUACAACAUGAUCAGGAAAUCUCCCUACAGGAGAGAGAUCAGCAGGUGAAAAAUCACUUACGAACCAUUGAACAACUGAAAACAGAUCUGCAGAUCUCCAGGAGCAACCAUGAACAGGAAAUCCAUCGUCUACAGUCGGACUUAGAGGUCCUGUCACAGGAAUUGCAGACAACAAAAGCUGACCUGAGUGAGAGUCAGAGCACAGUGAUGGAACAGAGAACAUCCAUUGCUUGUAUGACAGAUGAGAUUGAGAGAAUGAGUAAACAGCAAGACAGCAGCACAAGGGAGAUGUUGAGGCAGUCUGAAACUCUUACGGAUCAGGAAAGCAAAAUUUCCGAGCUGAAGCAGCAGGUGAUCAUUCUGGAAGACCAGGUGGACACAACUCGUGAGGAUGCCCAUAAACUGGACAGCAGUCUGAGCACGUACAAACAGAAAUACAACCAGAGCCUUAACGAAGUGGCACAGCUAGAGGAGACUUUGAAGACCCUGCAGGAACGCUUGACCGAGAGCAGGAACAAGGAGCUGGAGAAGGACCAGAGGAUCGAGAGUCUGAAGAAUGACUAUGAGAACAUGGACAGGAUGUACAAUGACACCAAACACGAGGUACAGAAGUGUGAAGAUGUAGUGGAUCAGCUGACUCAGGAACUGAACGCAUCCCAGGAGGAUUUGUCUCUGUCUCAGAACCGGGUCAGAGAAUGUGAAGAGAAUAUCAAGAACCUCAAGGACCGUAUCAAUGACCUCACAGCUGAGUCUUUAGCGAAUGAUCAGCGGGCAAGAGCUUUAGAUAAUGAGUUACAUACCUACAAAGGAGAACACGGCCACACAGACCAGGAGUAUUUGGAAAGAGAAGAUAAGAUAUCUUCCAUGGAGAUUGAAAUAGAGGAAGUCAGAAAUGAGCUUCAGAACAAGCAUCGUAUGCUAGAAGACUUCCAGGAUCAAAUCAACGAUCUGAAGGUGGAACUAGCAUCGGUCAGAGAGCAGAAGAACAGUGCUAUGAAAGAGAUUGAUCGCCUUGAACAAAGUAUCCAGCAACUUCAGCUGAACUUGGCUGGUUCCCAUCAACGACACAAGUCAGACACCAGUCGACUCCAAGAUCAGCUGGGAACCCUAGAGGCUAGUCUCCAUCAAUCGCAGGCCAGAGGGGCUGCAUUGGAACAGGAACUAUCCAGGAGAGAGGAGCAGGUCAAGUCAAAUGAGGCAGAGAUCAAGGCAUGCAGGGCAGACAUUGGAAACAAGGCGGAAGAGAUUGAAAAAUUAGAAGCUAAUAUCAAAGAUUUGAAGUUGGAGGUUAACCAUCUACAGAGUGCCAAGCAGAGAGCCGACAAUCAGCUAUCUGAAGUUCAAAAUGAGGCUGAGCAUUUGAAAUCUGAUUUGUCAGAUGCUCGAUCCCAAUACAAAGACUGUGCUCAAGAGCUUGCCCAUCAUGAAGAAAAGUUGAUGUUGAUGGAACAGAGCUUAAACACCACACAAGACCAACUCAGUCAGAGGGUCACAGAGGUCGUGAGGCAUGAGCAGAUCAGCAGGAAGCUGCAAGCUGAGCUCAAAACACUGAGGGAGAGGAACACUAGCUAUGAGGAGGAGAUAGUGGAGCAGAAAGGUAUUAUCGAUAAGCUGAGGAAGGACAUGAUGGCAGCUAAAGAGGAGUACCACUCAGCUGUCCAGGAGGGGCUAGCUUACAAACAGCAGGCCCAUAAAACAGAGGUGGAGCUCAAGGGAGCACGGGAACAGGAACAAAUGCUGACAGAGCAGGUGGAGCAACAGGACAACAUUUUAACACAGCUACAACAGGAACUAAAGGCGGAAAGAGAGCGUCAUGCUGACACAGGACGGCACCUGCAGAAAACCAAGAAAUCGAACUGUGAUCUACAGGACGACAUAGAUAACUACCACAAACAAGUUGGAGACCUGGCCACCACGAUUAAGGAGAAGGAUGAGCUGCUGUCAAACAUCAGAGCAGAAUUGGAGUCUCUUCAACAGAGACAGAGAAACUUGAAAGAGGAGUUUGCGGAGAAGGAAGGACAGCUCAGGGUGGCCAAGAUGAAUCUACAGACUGCCCAAAAACAGAGCCAUCACCAUGCUCAAGAGAUUACCAGAUAUGAAGAGACUCUUAUGCAAAUGCAGAAUGACCUCGAAAAAGCUCAGGAACAAUUCAGGAAAACACAUGCUGAGUUGCUGGACAAUGAGCAGCGGGUCCAUGACCUGAAAGUCCAGUUAACAACUGUUCAAGGUCACCAUAAGGAAUCCAUGGAUCAGCUUGGAGAAAAAUCUCGCCAGGUGGCAGCACUCAAAACUGACCUUGCCAAAGGACAACAACAAAACCAGUCGUUGAAUGACGAAUUACAUGCAUUGGAGGAUAAAAUGAGAAUGUUAAGUGGAGACUGCAAGAAGCUGCAGGAAAUAAAGAAAAUAUCAGAGGAUGAGAUCCGAGCCUUUGAGAUGAAAUACCAAGAUCUUCAACAAGAGCUGAUGAAUACCCAGGACAAAGGCAGACAGAGUCUUCAGGAACUCUCUGCAAGGGAAGAAGAAAUAGUGGUCCUAAAAAUAGAACUUAGCAACCUGCAGGAAAAGUAUAAGAUCACAAUAGAUGAGCUUGACAAAAGGAAGGGUGAUCAUGAUUUCCUCCAAUAUAACUAUCAUUGUUCGGGAGAGGAGAUACAGUCCCUUCGUAAUGCUCUGGAGGAAUCUAGGUCAAAUGGAGAUCGUCUCCACCGAGAGAGCGAACUAGUGGUUCAGAAUGUCAACACGUGGGUGCAGGAACAAAAGCUUGCAAAUGAAAAACUGGGCAACAAGAUUAGAGAGCAGAGCAAGGCUAUAAUGACUUUGACAUCCGAAAAAGAGCAACUGCUUGAUCAAGUCGCACAACUGCAGAAACAGAGCAACAAAAUGAAAAUAGAGUUGGAGGAGAGACGAGACGAAUCGGACAGAUUUAAGGCAUUACAGAAUCAUUCUUCACACCAGCAAGUUAUUCUGAACCAGCUGAGGGCUAGGCUAGAGGAUCAUGAACAUGAUCAGGAUCAAGAAGUUCAAAGUAAAAUAGCAACUAUAGAAGACCUCCAUUCUAGACUGAAACUGAACAUCGACAACAUUCAGCAACUCAAUCAGCAGCUAAGUAAUUUACAGAAAGAGAACCAUCGUCUGCGGAAUGACUUUGAUCGGGAGAUGUCCUCCAGACAGACGUUAGAAUUACAGGUGGAGAGCAAGGAGCAGACGAUUAGCAGCCUCAAGUCUCAGCUGGAGGCAAAACGUCACCUCCUGAUCGAGAACAGCUCACCACUCAAAGACUUCGACAAACCUCGGAGCCCUGUUAGUAAGAGAUCAAAACGCAAGUCUCAAGCCACUAGCCCUCAAAGAGCCUUUGGUAAAGGGCUAGAGGAUGCUGGGAUAUCUGAUCCACAUGCUUUAGACAAAAAUUACUGGAUCCAGAGAGUGGGGGAGAGAUACCCAGACGGCCAUUAGAUUAGUGUAUGUAUCUUAUGGUGUGAUUCUAAUGUAGUACUGUUGUUGUAAUGAAGUCAUGUAUUCAGCAAGGAGAGGACCACAUCGCUUAAACUAAUCCUAAGAAUGUGUUUAACAAAUCUUAAUUCAACAGCAUAAUGGGAAAUAAUUCUUUGUGAUAUUGCUGUACAUUGAUAACUAGGUUUUAUAACAAUAUUAAUAAUGACUGUUCUGCUUGUCUUUUUUUCUUCAUUUUUUGUGUGCAAAGAUUGAAUAUUGGAGAGUUAUUUAGGCAUAGUAAAAGGUUUAAAGCUACAUAUGUACUAAGAAAAUGACAAAAUGAUAUUGAAAACUAACAUUGUAUCUCUGAGAUGAAUAAUUAUUUUACUUAAAAUUUCAGCUUUCUAUCCAGUUGCAGCAAAGCAGUGAAUACUGGGCAGACAAAGUUCGUGACCUCUCAUCCCAACUGGGCAAGUCCCGAUCAACAAUUAGCCAGUCACCAAAACCUCGAUAAUUUAACGAUGUUUAAUGUGUGUGUUUACUCAAAGUUUACCGUCCUCUAGAACUAGUCUCUUAGGACUGCGGUUGUCAGUUUUAUCUCUAUAGCCAACAGUUAGAGGAGUUUGAUCAUGAAUGAGUGUGUAGAGAAAGCAGAAUGUGUUUACAGGAUCACCGUAAAUCCAAGGCGAAAUUUAUCUGUUUACAGGAUCACCGUAAAUCCAAGGCUAAAUUGAUUGAUAUAGCUGCCAGUCAUCAAAUGUUUUAUUUAUAGAUAUAUUUUUUUGCAUGUAUGAUAUUUUUCUUUAUUCUCUACAACAUUUUAUGAGAUAUUGAUGACUAAUGAUCAACAUUUCUCAUUUUGCCGUCCAUUUUUUAGCUUUUUACCGUGAUGCUAAAAUAAGAUAUAGCAACAAAUUUAUGAAAUUAAAUUUGCCAUGAUGAAUUUUCUACAUAUGGCAGCAUAGCAUUUGUGCAGUAUUAUAUUGCAUCACGUAUAUAGUUUACUGAUAAAGAAGUGUCUGGUAAUGAAGCAUUCCACAAACAUUUUGUGUUACUCUUCAGUAAGACUAUACUCUGUUGUAUGAAAUGAAAACCUGUGAUAAAUGACUUUACAAUUGUAGCUAGAAAUGCUUUUAUUUAUAAAUGUGAGAGAUGUAUUUACUGUAGACCUGUAUAACUGUAACUUAUAUUUUGCCAGAUUUUUGUAAAAUACAUGUAUAUGUAGAUGGAUUUUUUGGAAGUGAAGUAUUGUUUUAAGUAUUUUGAGAUGUAGCACAGCGAUUUAUUUAACAGAAGUAAUUAUUUCUCCUGAGAAACAUUUGUCUCGCUUUUCAUUUAUUAUAUACAUACAUAUUUUUUAUGAAUAAAGAAAUUUGAACUCAAAA